ACAUAGGAAAGAGGUUUCCAUCUUGGAUGGUGAAUGAUGUCAAUAGUUCUGGUUCUUCAUUCCUUCUUGACAACAUGGUGGAGUUGGAGUUAAUUAAUUGCUAUGAGUGCACGUGUAUUCCGAGUUUGGGACUAUUGCCCAGUCUCAAGGUUCUUUACAUUGUUAGAAUGGAAAAUGUUAGAAGAAUGGGUCAUGAGCUUCAGCUCGAUGGAGCAGAAUCGAUCAGAUUGUUCCCAGCUUUGAAAACACUCAUCGUGCGUGGCAUGAAAAGGCUAGAGGAAUGGGUUGAAGUUGUUGAGGAUGUAGCUGCAGGGAGCCAAGGUGUGAUCGUGUUUCCUAGUCUUAAGAAGUUGUUGAUUUUUGAUUGUCCUUUGUUGAAGACUUGGUCGACGGGUGGAUUUUCUUCUCAUCACAAGCUGUCCGAGCUGUGGAUAGAACAAUGUUCAAAUCUGAUGGCUAUCCCUGGUUUAGAUGGGCUCUCAGCUCUUAAAAAAUUCCAGCUCCGAAGCUGUAAUGGAUUAACAAGUCUACCAAUUGGGCUUGGAUCCUGUAUCUGUCUUCAGUCCUUGGAAAUUAAGGGCUGUCAUGGAUUAACAAGUCUACCAUCCUGCAUCUCUCUUUGGUUAUUGCAAAUUGAAGACUGUCCAAAUCUGAACUCUAUUCCCAGUAUAAAUGGGCUCACCUCUCUUAAAAGACUCAACCUUUUUGGUUGCCAUGGAUUAACGUGUCUUCCAAUUGGGCUGGACUCUUGCAAUUCUCCUCCGCAAUUGACAAUUAUACGUUGCUCUAAUUUAAUUUCCAUUUUUGACUACAACGGGAUAUUGCGUUCUAUCAAUGUUCUUACAAUCAUAAAUUGUGAAAAUCUAAGGAGGAUUCAAACUGGACUGGGAUGUUGCAGUUCUCUUCAGAAGUUGGAAAUUAAAGAUUGUCCUAAUUUAAUUUCCAUUGCAGAAGAUAUCGGGAAAUUGCAUUCUCUCAGUAGUAUUCAUACUGGACUGGGAUAUUCCAUUUCUCUUCAGAAGUUGGAAAUUGAAUUUUGCCCUAAUUUAAUUUCCAUUCCUGACGGUAUCGAGAAAUUGUGUUCUCUCAGUGUUCUUAGAAUCGCAGAUUGUGAAAAUAUAAGGAGC